CGUCUUUUUCACGGGCAAGGGAUACCGCGAGUUCAUCAUACUCUGAUUUGAUCUCCCUUGUUUGAGGGACAAAUUUGAGCGCGUGAUUUAUGUGUGCGGAGCGGUGGGGUGGAGAACCAGUGUGUGUAAACUGCUAGAAGGCCUUAGGCCAGUCCACCGUAUAAUUGCCUCCGGCCGGAAAGGCGUGCCCGCCGGGAUAACGGCGGCCGCUACCCGGCUAUCCCCCUGGUCGGCAUCUGGGACUCGCGGCCCCGCCUCUCUUGGCAUUAAAUUAACGUCGCUCAAACGAACUAUCGCACACUUUGCAUGGCACCGAUAUUUUAAUCUAGACGGGACGGAAUAAUUUAGAUGUGAUAUUUCUUUAGCCCAGCUCGGUAGUUCUUGAGUUAUGAGAUAGCUGCAGGAUUGGCAGUGGAAUAGUUUUGUCACGACACUACUACGCUUAUCAAGCAUCACCAAGUACCAAGUACCAGACAAGUAUCUUGACCAUCACUACUGUUGUGGGCCUCCGUCAUGGCGAAAAAGAGCUAUGAUCUUUUGUUUAAACUGUUGCUAAUUGGUGACUCGGGUGUGGGGAAAACCUGCAUUCUUUUUAGAUUUUCUGAUGAUGCUUUCAAUCACACGUUCAUAUCAACAAUAGGUAUUGACUUCAAAAUUAAAACAAUUGAGCUGCGAGGGAAGAAAAUAAAGCUUCAGAUAUGGGACACAGCCGGCCAGGAGCGGUUUCACACCAUCACGACGUCCUACUACCGAGGCGCCAUGGGCAUUAUGCUGGUGUACGACAUCACCAACCCCAAGAGCUUUGAUAACAUUGCUAAGUGGUUGAGGAAUAUUGAUGACCACGCCAACGAGGACGUCGAGAAGAUGAUCCUGGGAAACAAGUGUGACGUGGAAGACAAGCGGAUGAUCACCAAGGAGCGCGGAGAAUCGAUCGCACGUGAGCACGGCAUUCGGUUUCUGGAAACGUCUGCCAAGGCCAACAUCAACAUUGAGCGGGCGUUCAUGGAGCUGGCGGACGCGAUACUGGCGAAGGCGCCGGGGCGAGACAGCGUCGAAAUUCCCGACCGGUUCCCGCAGGAGAAACAGACUCACCACACGGGCGGCAAGUGCUGCUAGAUGGCGCACGCCAGCCUCCUAGUCCGCCUGCGGGGGUCCGCCUGCGGGCGCUGAUUGUCUGUGAUGCGGGCGAUGCCGGCGCCCCUAGCGAUCUGUGUCGACACUGACGGUAACGAUGGACGUCGCCGGGUGGCGCGCGCCCGCCCGCCGCCAGAGAUUGGCCGCUUCAUAGCAGAGAUUGUCGGCCGCAAUAGCUGCGCGCGCGGUGCGUGGGCGCCCUUGCUCCGACUGGUGAGCGGGGCAGGGUGCGCGCAACGGAUGUGCAUCUCAGGAGUGGGCAUGGAUGAGAGAGCUGUUAUACUUGGUUGUACGAGCGGGCCGCGAGGCCGACUCGGCGGCCGCCUCCAUGCACGCUCGGUAUCGGUAGUUGCUUUACGAUGGUUUACGCGGCCGGCUGCGCUGUGCUGCUGGCGGUUUGUGCCUUAGCUUGGCGAGCCGUCGGAGCGUGAGCUGGUGCAUCUGGCUGAUGUAUUAGUGACUCCGUUUGAUAAUGGGGUAUCGGGGGCCUGACCGCACAGCGGCCAUUGCCGCCCUCGAGCCAGUCAGCCGCUUUUCCUCGCCCUUUUCCGACAUACCCUCGCCCCAGAGUAGAUGCGCCCCGGCCUCGCUCCAUGAGCUCUUUUAAUCACGAUUGAUAUUAAGAUGUUUAUUUGGCUUGAUUACCUCGAAUGUAUCAAAUUCUACAUGUUUAUUGAAUACAUAUUUUUUCGAACCAAG